AUUUUCAGAAUUUGGAAAAUGUCUCGAGAAGGUUUCCCUGGUGGGUGCAAUCCAGCAGAUGUUCUUUACAAGCUUGCACACAGUCGUGGGAUCAAAGCACCAAUCUUCGAAAUGAUUUCUGAGCAAGGUCCUCCUCAUGCUAGAACUUUCUCCUGGACCUGUUCCUUCUACGAGGGAAAAUAUCAAGCUAUGGCAGCUGGUCGGAGUAAGAAGGAGGCUAGGAACGCUGUGGCUAAAGCUUUAAUUGAUCAGAUUGAUCUAGAACAACUCCCAGUCAAACCUAAAGCAAGUAUGAACGGCAGAAAUGGUAAUGCUCCCCUCAAGAGAAAAAUGGAAGAGGUGGAAGAGGGAGGAGAAAAGAAAAAGAAUAAGAACAAGAAGAAGCGAGGACCUGCAGAUUUUGGGAAUGAUAUGCCCUUCCCGAUCGGGUUUGGUAUGGCCAUGGGAAUGCCAAUGGGCAUGCCAAUGGGUAUGCCGAUGGGAAUGCCAGGGGGAAUGCCAGGGGGAAUGCCAGGAGGUCCAAUGGGAAAUAGGUUCCCAGUUGGUGGUGGAAGAGGUAGAAUGAAUAUGAGAAUGAACAAAGAUGACCACCAGGUUGUAACCAAGCAUAAGUUGAUCUACCCCAGCAAGGAGGAACUAGGCCUGCUCCUACAGAUGGCUGAUGCAACUUAA